CAAUGGAAUACUGCCACAUUCUCCAACUCACAUGAGCUUCCUCUCCUUUUGGCUUUGCUUUCUCUUUACUACUCAUCCAAGCUACUAUAGUGGUUGUAGAAAGUAGCGAGUAGAUAUCGACAGAGAUCUCACCCUCCCUGCCAAUUUAUUUCAAUUCCAUUUUCAAAACCAUGGAAAACUACGACAUCUUAUCUCUCUAUACUGUUAGGGUUUCACUUACAUUUCUGAACUAAACGAGAGAUCCUGGAUUCGGAGUGAUAAUGCCUCGCCAGAAUCACGGCAUUCAAGGUCUGAUCCCUGGCAAAAUCAGGAAAAGGGGUUGUUCAUCGUCGUCAUCCACAUCAUCAGUGCUCCAAAAGUACAGAUUCAAGAGGGCCAUUCUCGUCGGCAAGAGAGGGGGAUCCAGUACGCCCGUGCCCACAUGGAGGCUGAUGAACUCUCGAUCUCCAGCUUCAGCAAUGCGGGCUAUGGAGUCGCCGAGGUCGAUGGGCGGCGGAAAAGCGAAGCAAGCACCCGUUUCGGCGAGGAAGCUGGCGGCGACGCUUUGGGAGAUGAAUGAGAUGCCUUCACCGAGAGCGGAUGAUGAGAAGAGGUCGAAGAGAGAGGUGAGAGGGAGAGAAAGGGUUGCUAGGUCGCUCCAUUCGGGUUCUCUACCUCCGCAUUUGUCGGAUCCGUCUCAUAGUCCUGUCUCUGAGAGGAUAGAUCGUUCUGGAACAAGUAGUUACCGAAGAAAAACAUCAUCCAUUUCUCAGAGGCUUAGGCUUGCAGACCAUAAUGUUGGAGUUAUGGAUUCUUUUAGCAGUGCCAGCUUAAUGGAGAUUGAGAUUAGAUCUCGAGGCCAAACCCCUUCUGGAUCCACAGUUGGAGUUAGGACCCGCUUGAAGGAUGUUAGUAAUGCUUUGACAACAUCUAAAGAGCUGCUGAAAAUUAUCAGUCGCAUUUGGGGUCAUGAAGAUCAACCUUCUUCAAGCAUGUCUCUUAUAUCAGCAUUACAUGCUGAGCUUGAGAGGGCCCGCUUGCACAUCAAUCAGCUGAUUCAAGAACAGCGUUCAGACCAGAGUGAGAUCAAUUACCUUAUGAAGUGUUUUGCUGAAGAAAAGGCUGCAUGGAAAAGCAAGGAGCAGCAAGUGAUUGAGGCUGCUAUUGAAUCCAUUGCAGGAGAACUUGAGGUAGAGAGGAAGCUGAGAAGACGGUUUGAGAGCUUGAACAAGAAGCUUGGGAGAGAAUUAGCUGAGACAAAGACAUCUCUUAUAAAAGCAGUUAAAGAACUUGAGUGUGAGAAGAGAGCAAGGGAGAUAAUGGAACAAGUUUGUGAUGAAUUAACCCAGGAUGUCGGAGAAGAUAAAGAUGAAGUGGAAGAAAUUAAGAGAGAGUCUGCCAAAGUUCGUGAAGAGGCUGAGAAGGAAAGGGAAAUACUUCAGUUAGCUGAUGUGUUGCGUGAGGAAAGAGCGCAAUCGAAAAUUUCAGAGGCUAAAUAUCAGUUUGAGGAGAAAAAUGCAGUUGUUGAAAAGUUGAAGAAUGAACUCGAAGUUUUUAUGAGGUCUAAAAAGGCUAAAGAAAAGGGUCGUGGUUCUCUGAAGCAUGACAACUUUAGUGAGAUUGCAGCAUAUUUAAGUAGAACUCAUUUUGGGACUCUCCAGAAUGAAGAAAAUGAAGAUGAUGGAGAAGUAGAAGAUGCGCUCGAUUGUGAAGAAGACUCAGCUGAAAGUGAUCUUCAUUCGAUAGAAUUGAACAUGGACAACAAUAACAAGAGUUACAAGUGGACUUCUUCCAGGGUUUCUCGUGAUCUAAGGAAAGUCCCUAUUGAUGAAGAAGAAACCAGAGUUCGGAAGUCUACCUCUGGGAAAAUGUCGAGGAGAAGCACUUCUCUACAGAGGAGCAUGUCUGAUGGCAUUGAUUGGGGCAUUCAAAGUGAAAAUCUCCAAAGUUCCAGAGACGGCUUAGACUGGGGAAGAUUCUAUGAACUUGAGAAGGAAGCACAAGGAAAAGGUUAUGGGGAUGAAAUGCAGAGAUACAAAUCAGUGAAAGGUCUAAGGGAUCAAAUUUUGGCUGGCUCCAGGAUAGGAUCUGCCAGAGUUUUUGCUAGUCCUACCCGACAAUGGGGACAGGCGUGGCCAUCCCGAGAUCCUAGCAGUGCAGCUCAGGAGAGACCUGCUACUGCACAGGGUAGUGGUUUGAAGUCAAGGCUAGUAGAAACCAAAGGUGAGGGCCAGACUACAAGACGAUCAAAACGGUGAUGUUUCUCCUGUUGAUUGAUGUUUUACUCAUAUGAACCUUGAGAGCUGAUCCUAUCUUAUCUGGGCUGGGGGUGGAAGUGAUGAUGGUGGAAGUCCAGAGAUGGAGGCCUCCUGAAUACAGGAAGAUUCAAGCGGUGACAAGCUAUCAUUUUGCUGAUAAAUGUGUUGCUUGCUACCCUCCAUAGUAGCUCAACUCACAGCACUGGUUGCUGAAUUUGAACUUUUGGAAUGGUUGUGUUUUCAAGUUCAUUGUUUUCAUUUAGCUUUUUAUUCCUCCUAUCUUCUUUUUCCUCCUCUUUCUGUAUUUUUUUUUUUUUCUGUAGAAAGUUGUGGUAAUGAGGAUAGUUUCUCCUGUACAAAAACUUCUAGUAUAUUUAAAAAUAAAUAUGGCAGAAUUAUUAAA